AGAGAACUCUACAACAAAAAUGGCCGCCAUACUGGAAUCGAGAAACUGUGAAACUCCUGGUUGUUCCAGCCAGGCAAAAUUACAGUGUCCAACAUGUAUAAAACUGGGAAUAAUUGGUUCUUAUUUUUGUUCACAGGAAUGUUUUAAAGGAGUCUGGGGAGAACAUAAAAAAGUUCAUAAAAAAGCAAAACAUGAUUCAGAUUCAACAGACAAUUACAAUCCAUGGCCUGGUUACAGGUUUUCAGGAAAAUUAAGACCCUAUCCUGUGACACCACGAAGAAUUGUGCCAGAUACGAUAGGUAGACCUGAUCAUGCUGAUCAUCCAGAAGGGGUACCACUUGGUGAAAAACAGAUGAGAGGUAGAACUGUUAUCAAAGUUUUAAAUGAUGAAGAAAUUGAAGCCAUGAGAGUGGCAUGUAAGCUUGGUAGAGAAGUGUUGGAUAUAGCUGGUAAAGCUGUUGGUAUCGGUGUUACUACAGAAGAAAUAGACAGACAAGUUCAUGAAGCUUGCGUUGAUAGAAAUUGCUAUCCUUCACCAUUAAACUAUUAUAAGUUUCCUAAAGCUUGUUGUACGUCUGUAAAUGAAGUUAUAUGUCAUGGUAUACCAGAUAAAAGACCAUUACAAGAUGGUGAUAUAGUAAAUGUUGAUAUAUCGGCUUAUCAUAAUGGUUACCAUAGCGAUUUGAAUGAAACAUUUUUUGUUGGUAAUGUUGAUGAAGCUGGUAAAAAGUUGGUAAAAACUACAUAUGAAUGUCUCAUGUUAGCAAUCAAAGAAGUAAAGCCUGGUGUAAGAUAUAGAGAAUUGGGUAAUGUAAUACAGAAACAUGCCCAUACUAAUGGUUUCUCAGUAGUCAGAAGUUAUACUGGUCAUGGGAUCAAUUCACUGUUCCACACAGCCCCUAGUAUUCCACAUUAUGCCAAAAAUAAGGGUAUAGGAAUAAUGAAACCUGGUCACACUUUUACAAUAGAACCUAUGAUAUCAGAGGGCACAUUUCGAGAUGAUAUUUGGCCUGAUAAUUGGACAGCUGUAACACAAGAUGGAAAGAGAUCUGCCCAGUUUGAACAUACAUUAUUAGUGACAGAAACAGGAUGUGAUAUUUUAACACAACGCUUAGAAAAUGAUGGCCAAGCACAUUUUAUGGAUAAAUUAUAAGUGAAUGGGUCUGCUAAUAUAUGAUGUACUGUUUUUUCUUAUUUAUCUUUUUUUGAACUAGACUCUGAAUAGAUCAUGUCUUAUGUGUUUAACAACUCUUUCAAAUUCUCAAAUUAUUUACAUGUAAUUGAUCCCCAUUCCCCAUUUUUUGUUUCAUUAUUGACUGUUUAAGCAGUAGAUAUCACCCUUAUAAAAAUAUCACAAUUAUGUAUAAAUUUAAAAGAGAUCAAAACACAGAAUCUAAAGAAUUACUUUAGUAAAUUGUUGGUAAAAGAGGAUGAAGUGAAAUUUUAAUUUAACACUUCUCACUUAAGGUUCACUUUGAAUAUUUCUAUAAGACCUUUUCUUGUUGUAUUUAUUGAAGAUAAUGUAAUAUUCAGGAAUCUGUAAGAAAAUCAAUGAAUAUAUAAAAGUAAAGAAUAUUUAAGAAUAGUAGGAGUUAUUUAUAAAGAGAGACCAAUGAAUCUUGUUAGAUUAUGGAUUUUACCAAAGUUUGUAUUGUUCAAGUUUUGUGUAGAUUGUUUCCCAUAUGAAUAAAUUGGUAUUGUUUU